CUCUCACGUAUGUGGCAGCUCAAGGAUUUGGCUCACCGUCAUGGCCUAGUUUCUCCGCGCAUAUUUAAACGCCGUGCCAGACACCCAGGGGCCACACAAUACGGUAAGGGGAUCAGGGAACACACACAGAAGCACACACACACACCAGAUCGGUAGGACCAUGUGGCAGGCAGCGGGCAAAUUCUCCGGGAAUAUCGUCAGAAGAAGGCUCUCUCGAACCACAAGACUGUUUUCUACCAUCUACAAGCUCGCAACUCACCAGAAACCCAACACAAGAUCAAUACAAACAUCACCAGCCAACUCGGCCCCGAUCGGCAGGAGACCGGCUGCAGACAUGGGAGCCAAUCAGAGCAGAGCGAUGUACGCCGCGUCGUUCGCAGUGGCGGGGGCGGGGCUUCUCUACAUUUUCAAAGAUACACUGACAGGAGGACUCAACGCUUCCUCAAGAAAGAAUGGAAAAGCUGAACCGGUGGCGCCACCAGUUGAGAAGGCAAAGGCGCCAAAACCAGUUGCCGAGGCAGUGGUGGAGAAACCGGCGGCACCGGAGGUUGUAGCGGAGGUUUUGGAGGUUGCGAAGCCAGCUGCAGAGGUUGUGCCAGUGGCAGAGGCCGUCGUUUUAGAGGAGGUUGCUGCAGUAGCCGCCGACGUUGCAGCCGCUGCCCCGGAAGCAGUUCCAGAGGUCGCCGCCGCCCCGGAAGCAGUUCCCGAGGUCAUCGCCGAGACUGCAGUUCCGGUAAAGCAGGAGGUUGCAGCUGAGGUAGCGGAAGUGGUGGAGGCAGCACCGGAAGUAGCAGUGGAAGCUCCCGCACCAGUUGUAGAGGCCGCCGUGGAAGAGGUUGCAGUGGUUGUUGAGGAGGUAGCUGCUGCCCCGGAAGCAGUUCCAGAGGUCGUGGCAGAGGAAGUGGCUGCUGCCCCGGAAGCAGUUCAAGAGGUUACAGUGGAAGUGGCUGCUGCUCCGGAAGCAGUUCAAGAGGUUACAGUGGAAGUGGCUGCUGCCCUGGAAGCAGUUGAAGAGGUUGUAACAGAGGCUGCCCCGGAAGCAGUUCCAGAGAUCAAGGAGGAAGUGGCUGCUGCCCCGGAAGCAGUUCAAGAGGUCGUUACAGAGGCUGCUCCGGAAGCAGUUACAGAGGUUACAGUGGAAGUUGCUGCUGCCCCGGAAGCAGUUACAGAGGUCGUGACAGAAGCUGCUCCGGAAGCAGUUACAGAGGUCACAGAUGAAGUAGCUGCUGCUCCGGAAGUAGUUAAAGAGGUCGUUGCAGAAGUUGCAGAGGCCGUGGAGAUCGCUGUAGCUGAACCCGAACCUACAGCGGUGGUGGAAGAAACCCCUGCAGCAGCCGAAGACACGCCAGCUGCAGUGGCUGCAGAAGAACCAAUCCCUGCAGAGGAACCAGUCGCUGCAGUCGAAGACACGCCAGUCGUCGCAGCAACAGGGCCAUUUACUGUGACAACAGAAUUCGCUGAGGUUCCUGAACCACCCCUAGACGCAACGCACUGCCUGGUUACAGCCGAAAGCAGCACACCAGUCGUCGCAGAAACAGAGGCAGUCGCUGCAGAAAUUCCUGCAGCUGAAGAAUCACCUGCAGAAGCAACGCAGCCUGCAGCAGCUGCAGUCGAUGUUCCCGCCGAAAACGGCGUGCCCGAAGAAGCACCCCCUACCGACGAAAUCCUCCCCGACAAAAAGGCAGCCCUAGCGGAUGCAGUACCGUCGAAGGCCACAGAGGGCGCUGCCGCCUCAUGAGAAGCUCUACCUACCACGUUUGAUGUAGAAAAAAAGAACUCGUUGUAAUUCAUUCUUGUACAAUUUGGUUAGAAAUCACACAUUUUAUGUCUAGAUACGCUAUGCAAUGAGCUGAAAAGAUUUGGAUAUUUCAAGUCGUGAUUUUUGAGCCACAUACAUGUAUUUCUAGGUGCAUUGAUUCAUAUCAAAGGUACGUAACCAGAACAUUUACUAGUAAUUGACAAAUGUAGACUUUUGCUAUAAGAUGUACACAUAUCAAAGUUACGUUUACACUAUAUACUAUCAAUAAUUAGAUUAUAUUCAUGAUUUGAAGGAUUUUUUGGGAUUUCUAUGUGUCAUACGAAAUACAACACAUUGGGCUAUAGAAUAUUUUAAUCAUCACAAGUGUGCCAAUAAAAAGGGAAGAAUUAACGAAACUUGCAGCCGUGUAUGUGUAGAUAUACUGUCAGGUGAUUCUUUAAAAAAUAACCAACAGUUUUUAUCAGAUUUUACAAUUUCAUCAUUAGUUCUAUUUUUAGCACCAUGCCGCGCAUGGGGGCUGUGAAAGGGGUUAGCGGUGAUCACACAUGGGACUCUGGAAGGGGGUAUGGAAAGAGAAAUUGGGAGGGGCAGUCCUAUUGCAUCUUCUGUUUUUUUUGUUUGUCUUUUUAAUCAACAAAUGGAGGGAAUAAAUUGAACACCACUACUGGGUAACACUUCACAAUGAAAGACGUAGCAUUGUAUUCACAAGGUAUAUCUGGAGGUGACAGAAU